CACGCAUGUGGCGACUAGACGGUACGGUACGACGCCACGUCGGAAUGGGCGCCGGGGGCGAUAAGGCUGACCUGUUCUUGUCGGAGCUCAGCCCCGUCGUGUGCUGCACGGAUCGAUCAACAGCUCCCUAGAGGGAUUGUGGAACAUUAUUGCUGCUUAAUUAAAUUUCAGCUCCUACUCCUUUCCUGCCGAAUAUACCUCUCUCCGGGUUCCUACAAAAGCAAGUGUACGUACGGUACUGGAGCCGUUGUUGGUGUCGCUGGCGCAAUCAGGGCUCGUGCUUCUUCUGCCAGCCUGACCACCACUAACUCUGGCACGGGACUGAAGACAAGCAGCAAGCUAUUUUGGAGGCCACAUCACCCUUGAUAGUUUUAUCGUCUUCUUCGAUAUGUUUUCUCUCCCACGGAAGUCCUAACUACCGGUCGAUGUGUCCUUACCGAAAGGGAGUGCGCAUUAAUAAUCAUCAUUAGCUUAAACUGCUCAAGAGAAUUAAGGGCUGUGAUGUAUGACAUGUGGCUAGCUAGCUUAAUAUUCUAGUCAACCGAUCUGUCUUUUGCGUUUAUGCGGCAUUGUGCCAUUGAGUUUAGCUAGCUCAAAUGCAACUUGGCGCGCACUAUGUGUGCCAGCACAUGCAAGUACUAUACAUAUCAACGAUUUUAUUAAGUUAAGUAAAACAUGUUGAACAUGUCAAUUUAUUUGCCACACUUUUUCCCUUUGCAUGGUGAUGCGGUGCCUGUAAUUCAGGGUUUAGCUAGGCAUUCAAACAGAGCGUCAGUCUGAACUGGAAUUGCCAAUUCGUCGGAAUCUUCGGCAGAAUAAUGAUUUUGUCAGCGUUUACGCUAGCCUCCUGACCAAUUAAAACCCAAAGGCGGCUCUCUCAUCUUUGGAUAUACCAAGUUCCAGGACCACACCAAUCAUCGCUAGCUUAUGUAACUUAGCAUUAUCCUGUCAGCUCAUCUGACUUGAUUAUGACACCAGAACUGUCUUUAGUGCUAGUUAAAUAGCUAUAGCUAAUUAAUCGAGUUGUCAUUAAGAACAGAUUUUCUAUACAUAUAUAUGCUGUUCUGUUCAACCUUCAUAAUCAGUCCUGUUCCUAAUCACCACUUAAUCAAAUACUGUUUGUGCAUACGUCCCUUUUCAGCUGCACCGGCCAGAGAUCAGCACGUCACAAAGUGUCGCUAUUCCAGCAAUGAAUACUGACGAGGGCCGGGAGGAAGAGGGUGGGGAGGUUAAGAAGAGAGAUGCGGGAGUGAUGUCCGGAAACCCCUGAGACCCGUUGGGGCGCUCCAAUGGGCGAUUCUGGGCCAUCUCGCCGGAAAGUGACUGUGAGAGUGAUGGGGAGUCGUCGGAAAGUGACUCAUCAUCGAUUGCUUCUGGAUCUACGUCGUGGGAACAUUGUCUCACGCCGGAAUCAGCCAGAUCCAUCGCUUUGAAGGAAAAGAGUUCUGAUCUUUCUAGGCGGGAAGCGAAGAGGAGGAGGAAGCGGUUCCAGAUGCAGACGCGGAUGCAGGUGAGGUCUGAGAUUGAUCUCAAUUCUCUUAUUUGCAGUAAAUCAACGUCUGGAUCCGGAGCUUCGCCAGCGCGUGCGUCUGUAAAGCCGCGGGAGGCGGUCCUGUCACCUUCUUCUUUCUUGUUGGAGAACUUCAAUGCGGAGGAGUGGGUUCUUGUAAGGCGGCGGCGGCGGCGUGCAUCCAUCUCGGCGGCAUCUUCCACGUCGAAGGUGGUGGUCGUGGCUCAGGUGGCCGAAACAUCCCCUAUUCUUAUUCGGCAGACGAGUCGUCAGCACGUGGUGGUGCUGCUGGAGGCGCCCAAAUGUCUGCUACGUCGGUUGCGACGGUUGUUGCUAGUGCAGGAGGGCAUCCGCAUCUGGCGGAGCCUCAGGCGGCGCAGGAGAUGCCCGUGGUUCAGGCUCAAGUGACGGCUGCUCUGCCAGCAGCUUCAGCAGGUCUGGAUGCUGCUGAUGUUCCCUCUGCCGUGGUGCAACAGCGAGCUCAAGAGAAAGCACCUGAUUUUAUCCCGUUGGAGCCGGUCAUUGUGAAUGUGGCUGGCAGUUCAUCAGGGUCAAACAAUGCGGCUGCUGUUGCUACUAAAACUGGGAAGAGAAAAGAUAAGGUUCGUAUCGGCCUAAGUAUGAGAACACUCGUUUGGGCAUGGUGACGGUGGAGGGGGGCAGUUUGUCUGUUUCUCAGCUUGUUUCACUGCUCCGGUUGUUUGUCCCGUCUGAUAAUUUUGAGUGGGAGGUGAGUUCGUCCGAGGAUAAUGUUUUCAAGGUGCAAUUUCCUUCCAAGCUUGAGUUGCAGCAGAUGAUCAGAUUUGGCAAAUUUAAUGUUCCUACGAGUGAAUGUAGGAUCACUUUUGAUGAGUGGUCUCCUAAGCUGAAUCCUAAUUGGCUUGUUCAAGAUGUGUGGGUGCGAAUCGCUGGUAUUCCCCCAGCUGUGAAGGGGUCCUUCUUAGCUCUCUGGGGACUGGGUUCACCGCUUGGUAAGACCAAGGAGGUUGACAUGGCAUUUACAUGUCAGCACGGGGUAUUGCGUAUUUUCAUUGGGUGGGUUGAUUAUACAUGUAUACCAGAGCGAAAGGAUCUGCUCAUCAAGGAUGGCCUCUACAGGCUUACUUUCCAGGUGGAAGGACCACCAAGGGAGGAGGGGCUUGGUGAUGAAGUUAUGCAUGAUGCUAAUGAGGGUGACGAUGAGGGGGAUAAGAAAAAGGAUGCUUCAGAGAAGUCCGAUCUGGAUGAUCGUGGUGGUAAGCGUGGCAAAAAUGUGGAUGGCGACACCUCUACUUCUUCGUCGGUUGGAGGGAGUGGUGGUGCAGCGGCACCCACUUCUUCUUCUCCGACCGAUGGGUCCAAUGUGGUGAUGAUUCGUAUUGGCUCUGUGGAGACACCGGUUCCUAUGUCCAGGGUCCCGCUUGUAUCUGUUUCAGCUCCGAUGUCUUAUAGUAAGAUUGCAGCUCCUCGUCGUCUGUGGGCUGACCUUGUGGAGGAGGAAUUGCCGUGUUUUGGGUCUGCUCCGCCUCGUGUUGACAGGUCGAGAUACGAAGGUGGACGGCCUAUGGGCAGCGUGGUGUCAAGGUCGAUCGUCGCUGCGCCUUCUCAUGUGGAUUCUGUGGCCGGUGAUAUGGUUGCGCCUGCUAGGCAUAGUGCUACCAUGAAGCAGCUUUGCUCUGUGGUUGCUUCCGAUGUGCGAUCCGGGCACGAGCAGGGGGCGCUGCUCCCUACUAGUGAGGUGGAGCCCCAAGAAGGGCAGCGUGAUGUGGAGUAGGUGGCUUCACCGCCGUCUGACCUUUCUCCGUCCCCA